UCGCCGCCGGCCUUCCUCCCCCAAACCCCCAAACCCUACCUUGCCGCCGGCCGUUUCUCCCCCCGAAUUCGAAAGGCGGCAGGCGAAACCCACCGCGGGCGAUCGGAGAAGGGAUGGCGUCGGCGGAGGGGGACACGAGCCGGCUGUUCCGCGUCCGCCGCACGGUGAUGCAGAUGCUGCGGGACCGCGGGUUCCUGGUGGUGGACGCCGACGUCGACCUGACCAUGGGCGAGUUCGUCGAGCGCUACGGCGACCCCGUCCGCCGCGACGACCUCGUCAUCAACCGCGUCAAGAAGGACGACCCCAGCGAGCAGAUCUACGUGUUCUUCCCGAACGAGGCCAAGCCGGGGGUGAAGAUUGUCAAGAGCUACGUCGAGAAGAUGAAGCAGGAGCAAGUCAGCAACGCGAUACUCGUCGUGCAGCAGGCGCUCAGCGCCUUCGCCCGCAACGCGCUGCUGGGAUUCGCUGCCGAGAAGUACCACGUCGAGGUCUUCCAGGAAGGGGAGCUUCUUAUCAACAUUAAGAACCACGAACUGGUUCCGGAGCACGUGCUCCUGACACCGGAACAGAAGAGGACGCUGCUGGCGAAAUACAAAGUGAAAGAAACUCAGCUCCCUCGGAUUCAAAUGGGUGAUCCGAUAGCAAGAUACUAUGGCAUGAAGCGUGGACAGGUUGUGAAGAUCACCCGGCCCAGUGAGACUGCUGGGAAGUAUGUGACAUAUCGCUAUGUUAUCUGAGCGCCGCUUCGACUCUGAUUUCCUGCGAGCACUGCCAGUUUAUAUACUUCCUCCAAUGCUAAUUCCUAAGUAGUAAGAUACAUUCUUGAACAGAAGUGGUGUCUGGAGUGCCUUGGUGCCUCUUCUCUUCAAUUGCUUGUCAAUUUGACAUGACCGUGGUUAUCUCGCACUAGUCUUAGGUUUCUGUAGUUAUGUUCUUUUCCGCACUGCUAAGUAACUCUUGCCUAUCCUAAGUUGUCGAUCUGUUUCGGAAUAUCUGUUACCUGUGUGCCCCUGUGUUUAAACCAAAUGCUAUGCGUU